UCUGACUCAUGUUACACUUCUGCUUUUUCAACUGAUCAGUGCCAGAUUAGAAUAUUUUCUGCAACAGAAGUUGUACUGAGAGUUCCAGUCUACCAAUACACAUGUUUGAUUCAAAGGAUGGCUUCUGCAGAAGAACAAGCUGAAGACUUCUCUUUGAUAGAUGCUAUCCACUCUAAAUACAAUGAUGAUGAUAAUGCCCAUCACUUCAAAGUCUACAUUUCCUCCAACGCCCCAGGCAAGAAAGAUAGCGGAAGUCUUGUGGUUCCACCUAUUCUUGUUUUGGACAACAAUAAAGUGACAUGUUCAGGACCAAGUGACAUAAUCGCAUCACUGUGUGGCCAUGUUACAGAACUUGAUCUGACAAACAACUUAAUCACUUGCUGGAAAGAGAUUUUGUCUAUGAUUUCAUAUAUGCCACGACUACACACAGUAAAUCUAACUUCCAAUGCCCUGACUACGCGCUCUCUAGCAGGACUGGAUGUACCGGAACAGACAUUCAAAAACAUUACUCUUCUCAUUUUGAACAACACACAGACCACAUGGUCAUCUCUCAGUACAUUACUGAAGAUAUUUCCCAGUUUGACUGAACUCCAUCUAAGCCUGAAUAACUACACCUCUAUAGAUGUGGACAACCUUGAGUCUUAUCCAAGUCUUCAAAAACUAUUUAUCAACAAACAUGUCAUUUCACGAUGGUCAGAAAUUUCCAAAUUGGGCCAUUUAUUUCCUCACCUGGAGGCUCUCAUCACAAUUGAGUCAGACCUAGCGGACAUGAUUUUGGAUUGUCCCGAGGCAUCAAUAGUGUUUCCAUGUCUUAAAUGUCUACAUAUCAGUUCCACUAAAUUACAGAACUGGGAACAUAUAGAAGAACUCCGAAAAAUUCCAAAAUUGUGUGAAAUACGAAUGAAAAAUAUUCCCUUUUUGGAGGAAUAUAACGAAAAAGUAAGGCGCCAGAUGAUCAUUGCUCGCUUGCCAAAUAUCACUCACCUUAACGGCAGUCCAAUAAACGAAGUGGAACGUGAAGAUGCUGAAAGGGCCUUUAUAAGGUUCUUCAUGGACAAAGAGAACCAACCCAGGAGAUAUCAUGAACUUGGAGAAACCUAUGGUACGCUGGAUCCACUUGCUGAUGUUGAUUUCUCUGUAAAGAAAACCCGCAGGGUCACCAUCAAAAGUGACGAAGACGAAAAGUCACAAGAAAUGGAGAUAAACAUUACACAAACAGUGCGAGAAUUAAAAAAGUUCCUUCAAAAUUUUGCUGGCCUUCCGUCCCACAAAUUCCGUCUGUUUUUCCAUGCAAUAGUUGAUGGGGUACCACUAAAUUCCUCUGAGCUGAUAUUCCCAGACAAAGUUUUACAUUCUCUGAACAUAAAUGAUGGCGAUUGCUUUAUCAUAAUUCCAAAAUGUUUUUGAAUGUUGAUGAUUUUAUCAAAUAAUGCAAUUUUCCAUUUUUCACUUGGGGCAAAUAAUGAUACGAAAUGGUGAAGUUGAUGAAAUCUGUGUCUGAUAUAUUUCACUGAGAGAAAUGAUAUCCUUGAACACAUGAAGAAGUGAUAUUCUGGAGAAUAAUUCAUUGAAUUUCAAGAAAUACUAUAGAGAUAAACCUCAAUACAGCACCCACCUCUGAUUACAUGCUAUAAAUGUGAAUUUUUAAUUUCAUGCAAUCAACGUUUAGUGCAUUAUCACUUUUUGCCAAAUUCAUGCAAUGAUUUAAUUUAUGCAUCAGUAGUUACAAUUGCUAUAUACAUGAAUAAACAUUAUACAGAAGAGACAAUUACUGUGAUACUUUCAGGUAAAAAAUUCAAAAAUUACAUGACC